AGCCCACCGCCCCGCAUUCCACUCCACCGCCCCGCAUUCCAUUCCAUUUCUCCCCUUCUCCUCCGCCCCAAAGCCCUAGCGGCCGGCGAGCGAGCCCCAGCCAGCCAUGGCUCGGAAGCGCCGCGCGCCCACGCCGCCGCCUCCGGAGGCAAAGCCCUCUGACCAGUCCAGCGGUGAGGAAGAGGAGGAGGAGGGGGAGUCUCCUGCGGCCAUGGCACCUCAGAAGCUCGGAGGCGCCCCCCACCAGGUGGAGGAGGAGGAAGGCGGCGGCUCGUCGGAGUCGGAGCCCAUGCGGAAGGUGGCGGCGAAGAAGGCCAGAUCCGAGGCGUCGGCAUAUAAGAAGAAGAGGGCGGCGUCGCCUGAGCCCGCGCCGUCGGGCAAGGCCAAGAAGGCCAAGGCAGAGAAGGCGGCGGCGCCUGAGCCCGCGCCAUCGGGCAAGGCCAAGAAGGCCAAGGCAGAGAAGACGGCGGCGCCUGAGCCCGCGCCGUCGGGCAAGGGCAAGAAGGCCAAGGCAGAGAAGGCGGCGGCGCCUGAGAGCACCCUCUCGGGCAUGUCCAAGAAGGCAGCCAAGGCUGAGGCGGGGAAGGCGGCAGCUGCUGACACGGAGACCGCUCCGUCGGGGAAGGCGAAGAAGUCCAAGUCCAAGGUGGAGCCGGGGAAUGCGGCACUGGAUCCCUCAUCGUCAAGCAAGCCUAGGAAGGCCGCAACACGCUGGGCGAGGGCUGACGAGAUCAAGAUUCUUGAGAUACUUGUGGCGCAUUUUAAGAAUCAUGGUACGCAGCUUAGUACUGAUGGGAUUAUUGGUGCUGCUGGUGAUAACCUUGACAGGAAGAACAUCAAGCAUAGGAACAUGUAUAAGAAGGUCGGGAGGCUCAAGCAGCGUUACGAGGCCACAGCCAAGAAAUUUGAAACGAGCGGCAACCUACCGUAUAAAGAGGAUGACUUGCGGAUGUAUCAGCUAUCGUCGGAAAUCUGGGGAAAGGAUGCAAAGGAAGCUGUUUCUGUUCUCGCAUCGCAGAACAAUGGCAUCCCGGCAAAGAGUAAGAAGGGGCAGGGGCAGGCCAAGAAAGAUAAGGUGGAUGGAGAUUCAAAGGAAGACACCACUGCUGUGAAUGAAAAAGGUGGUACUCUGGCAGAGAAUAAGAAGGGGAAAGCCACCAAGCAGAAAACAGGUGCCGAAGCAAAGAUCGGAUCAUCUAAGGAGGCUACCACUAAUAGUAAGGGAGGAGAAAAUCACACAGAGGGAGAAGCUAAUGAAACAAACAAACGGAGGAAGUUUAUUGAAUUGCAGAGUUUGUAUCCCAACCUUGCUUUCUUUGUGAAGGAAAUGGAGGUUCAGCAUCAAAGUGGGUCAUUCUUCAAGAGAUCAUUUGAGUUAAUUAGUGAUGAUAAGGCUUGCACCCUGGAAACCAAGAUCAAGAAUCAUAGGAAAGUGCAAGUGGAGACGCAGCUCCGUCGUGAUAACAUAAGGAAGGAAGUAUUCAAUGCUUUUUUGGGUUUGUUCUAAAACAUGGAGGUGCUAACAAGCUUUUUGUGUGGCAGACGGUUGGAUUGAAGAUUCAAGUCGCAGACGGUUUUUGGCUUCGGAGUUAAAGCGAUAUGACAAUUAGCAUACCAGUUGAAUUGAUAGUUUUAUGCGUAGCUGUGAGGAGGUAGUCGUUGACAAACUUGUCUUUAGAUGGUGUCUAAAGGGGCUUUAUAACUUUUGAUGUCGAUAUUGACCUGAAAUUCCAUAAUCGUGCUUAUUCUGCUGCCCAGUUAUAGAUUUGCAAUCGUUUUGUUUUAUUCUAAUGCUCAUAAUAGCAUCUUAUGCUCCAACACGAUAAAUGUAAAUACGUUUUGU